AUGACUCGUCGCGAGCACACACACUCCUCGUCGGUCAAUGACCGAGCCAGCACGGCCGGUGGAUCCUAUCGCUCCACUGGCUCUCGCUCACAAGCGCCGUCUAAUGGACAAAGCUCCCAUACACAAGGCCGCCAUGAACUACAUUCCCACACAGCGGACAGCUCGAGCGGCAUCGACUCCCAUCGUCACCACCGACAACAGAGCUCAGCUGGCUCGUUCGACUCACAAUCCCCUUCCGAAUUGGCCGAGCAGCAUUAUUCCGAACAAGGUGCGAGACCGGCAGCAAGAAUACAAUUUCCGCCCCGGUUUCAUUGGCUUAUCAAGGGUAUCCUACGCAAGCGCCCAGACCUGGAUUGGAUGAUGGAGAACGUGUGGAAGAACGCGAAUGAAGAGACCUUCGAACGUGCGGAGCAAUCCUUACGCGACGGUCCAGGAGAUGACGCCUGUGAUAUCUUCGGCGAUUAUGGACGCGGCGACAAAGUUGACCCUGGAGCCCCUCACACCCAUCCUAGUGAGUGGCCUAGUGAAUUCCUUCGUGAUUGCUUCGAUCCUGAAGGCCGAGACCAUCAAGGUGCCGGCACUUCUGAACGAGGAUCUGGACACCGUGAUGGAGGUCGUGGGGAUAGCCAUAGGAGCUCUGAGAGUCGUAGAGAGACGCAUCAUCACGGCACUAGCGCCUCCUCUAGCCAUGGUGGAUCCUCUUAUGGAGGCAAUCGAAACGACAACGAUGAUCGCUAUGAAGAUCAAUACUAA